CCGCAAGUGACGUCAUGUCACCUGCUUUCUCGUGACGUCACGAUAUAUCCGGAAGUUGCCACAGCACUCGCUCUCACAGAUCCGAGCUGAUGCUUCUUCUGAUGCUUCCUCUGCAGAAUUGGUUUGAUGGAGCAAAGGGACUCAGCGCAGCUCGUUAGACAAAGACAACGAUUGGACCAGUAUGCAAACAGCAUGGAUUCUACUGGAAAUUUUACACAGGACCAGAGAUCUCCAACGGGAAAGAAAGCCUUCAAGUGCACUGUGUGUGGGAAGGCAUUUUCAGAUUCAUCUGCUCUUAAAAAACACCAGAAAACACACACAGGAGAGAAACCCUUCAGGUGUAGUGUGUGUGGGAAGGCAUUUUCAAGUUUAUCUUAUCUUAAAAUACACCAGAGAACACACACAGGAGAGAAACCCUUCAAGUGUAGUGUGUGUGGGAAGGCAUUUUCAAGUUCAUCUUAUCUUAAAAAC